AUGCCUGACCAGAGCCACCAGUCUGAUAUGCGAAGGUCGAUAUUCAACAAGGGCCCGAACUUCACCCUAGAGACCUUUUCAAACCGAGACUUCAUCGUCAAGGACUUCAUCGAGUCUCUCUCCGACGCUGCGAUCCAGCGCCGCUCCGGAGGCAUCGGGAACCAGCCCUUCGACCCCAAACCCCUUAUCCGCGCCUUCGAACAUGCGCAACGCCGUCUAACCGAGUUAUCGGGGGAUCUGGAACAGCGCGAGAAUGAGCUGUCUGCGGCUGUGCGGAAGGCAGAAGCUCAACAUACGCAGAACGCAAGCAAUCUGGGCUGGAAGUUGAAUCAAGCUAUCGAGUCGUUCCAGAAGCUAGACACCUCGUUGAACGGGCCCCGGCGACCUUCUACACGGGAUGGACCGUCGAGUGGGAACGGGAAUGUGGCCGUUGAGACAGGGAAGAAGCUGGAAGAGCUAGAUCGCCAGAGACGUAAAGCUCUGGAUGCACAUUUCCUCAUCGGAUGCUGGGAUGAAGUGAGCAAUCGCGGGGAGCUGACGAUGCUGGAAAAUCUACGGCGCUCGGGGAGCGGAGAGGGAAAAGUUCGGUCUGCGCGCAUCGCCAGACAGCUGUUACGGAUAAGCCAGAGACUGGAUCCGUUGAGCUGGAGUGAAAAUAACGGAGGUGGUGAGAAUAUACCACCUAGCCCUGGAGAUCACUCGGCCAACGGUAACGGUCCCAAGAGGAGGAACACACGAGAGAUCAUCGAGAAAUUCUCAGAAACGCUCGAGAAGGACCUGCUGAAACAGUUUGAUCAUUUCUAUCGAAAGGCAAACUUCGAAGGCAUGAAGGACUGCGCGAGCGUGCUACAUGAUUUCAACGGAGGAGCUAGUGUCAUUGCUCUAUUCGUCAAUCAACAUCAAUUCUUCAUAGACCGCAGUCAGCUUAUCUCUGAAGAAGUCAGCGGAGAUUCUGAAGCCUGGGAGCAGCUCGCAGACCCUGAUGCAGAGUCUCCAGGGGCAGAGCCCAGCCUGCAGUCGCUGGUCGACGAGGUCCAAGUGGUUGUCCAGGAGGAAUCAGCAAUCAUCAAACGAGCUUUCCCCUAUUACGAACAGGUUCUCAGCAAGUUUUUGCAGAGAGUGUUCCAACAGUCGAUACAGCAACGCCUUGAGCUUGUCUUGGAUAAAGCUAGUUCCGUGUCCUCUUUGGCGUUUCUGAGAACCCUACAAUCGGCACGGAGCUAUAUAAGUGCUCUAGUUGACGACCUGAAAGCUCAUGGGCUGACUGAACACCCGGAUACCAUGUCGUCACAGACCGCGAUAUUCCUCGACCAGCAACUAGAGGAACUUUUCAUACCAUAUCUCAUGGGAUCGUCCUACAUUGAAAGGGAGAAGAACAAUCUGGAAGAGCUUUACACGUCCCUCAUGUUCAAGUUUGUUACCUUCCACUCCCGACGAAAGAAGACACCCACAACAUUCAUGUCCUCCCUUGCAAAGUCAGGGAGUGAACUACUCGCCUCAGCAAGAGAUGCAUAUAUAAAUAGCCUCGACUCUUCCGAUUUCACACCCACCCAACGCAAAAUGCUUCUACGAGUUGCUGGGCUCAAAGAGAACGGCGAAUUACAAAAACAAAACGAGAUCGAGCUCACGGAAGAAGACGGACAGCUAAGCGUUGCGUUUGCUAAACGCAUGCUCCGAUGGCUGGCAGAAGGCGUCGGUAGAAGUCUAGAACUUAGCGUGAGCAGCGAGACACCAAAGGAUGUGUCCACGCUUCUCAACAUGCUCUUAUCCAGGAUGGGCGAGGGAUACAUUGAAAUGGCCCUCGAUGCAUCACUGGAUUCCGCCCAUGCUCAAGAAUCCGGCAAAGCCGAGCCGGACUUUAACUAUUUGACCACUCUAAGAACGGCUAUCAGCGUGACAUACCUAAUGAUGACUUGCAUCAACGCUGUGCUAGUUCCGUUGGCCGCAUCUAAUAUAACAAUAAAAAGAGACAUGGAGAAGAAGACCAAUCUGAUAAUGCAUCGCAUUGAGGAAAAGAUCAACUCAAUUGAACAGAAAACCGUCGAUGUAACCCUUGCUUGGGUUGCGCGAGUUCUCUCGGGUCAGAAGAAGAACGAUUUCCGACCGAAGGAGGGUGUGGCGGACGAAACUGGAUGGCUAGAAAUGCUCCAAACACCGACCUGUGCAUCUAUCUCGGGUUUCCUUACUCGACUGCAUAAUAUAACCCUGACAUCACUGCCGUCUAGCGGUUCCAACGUACGAAUAUUCCUCACUGAAAUCGCCCUAGGUACUCGGGCAUUACUCCUGGAUCAUUUCAAAAAGUUCCCUGUCAACGCCCCUGGUGGCCUCAUGGUGACGAAAGAUAUGACCCGGUACACCGAACUGUUGCGGUCCUGGAACAUCGACGAGGCCGUCAAAGGCGUUGGUGGAGCCUUGGAUGUGUUGCUUGAAGUCGGUAGUCUCUUCGUCAUCGGACCGCAAGCACUCAAGGAACGGGUCCGGGCGGGAACGGCUGGUGGAAGCAGUGGUGCUUCAGGGGGUGCUGCCGGUAGUGGCGGGACAGCAGGUGGAAGCCAAGGUAAAUCGAAUGCCGGCCUCAGCGUGCAGGAGGUGCGUGCUUAUGUGUUGCGUCGCGAGGAUUCGGGGAGCGUUGCGAUGCAGGGGGUUUUCAACGCAUUUUGA